AAUAGUGGUAAAACUUAUUUUGACUUAAACCAGUACGGUAUCAUCUACAUUUGAGCACGCUGAACAUUUACAGCGAAAUUAAAGUGCGCGACUAUAAUAACAAUUGUGUAAUAUUUACUAAGCUGUAGGAUCUGGAGUACCAAAAUCUGCAUAAGAUUUUAUUCACUUAUCUGUGUUUGACAAAUUUUGGACAGUAGAAUGGCAGAACCUAUCAGGAAUCCAGAUAUCAAGUUUACGCAGAUUUUCAUCAACAAUGAAUGGGUAAACAGUAAAAGUGGGCGAGUUUUCCCUACAAUAAAUCCAUGUAAUGGCAAGAAAAUCUGUGACGUCCAAGAGGGAGAUAAGGCAGACGUUGACGAUGCUGUUAAAGCAGCACGAGCAGCGUUCAAACGUGGCGCUCCCUGGCGGAAACUAGAUGCGUCUAAGAGAGGACAACUCUUGAAUAAGCUUGCGGACUUGAUGAAACAAAACAUGUCUUACCUUGCUAGCCUGGAAACGUUGGACAAUGGCAAACCUUUCUUGGAUGCGAAAGAAGACAUAGAGUUUGGCAUCGAAACUUUGCAGUACUACGCCGGAUGGGCAGACAAGAUUUGUGGAAAAACAAUUCCAGUUGAUGGUUCUUUCUUCACCUUUACAAAGCAUGAGCCAGUUGGUGUUUGUGGAGCCAUUAUUCCGUGGAACUACCCUAUACCGAUGAUUAUAUGGAAGCUCGGACCUGCUUUAGCCUGCGGCAACACGGUGGUUCUGAAGCCAGCAGAGCAGACUCCACUUACAGCUUUGUUUAUGUGUUCCCUCAUAAAAGAGGCUGGCUUUCCGCCGGGAGUGGUGAACGUUGUUCCAGGAUAUGGACCGACUGCCGGUGCUGCAAUUUCUGAACACAUGGAUGUGAACAAAAUAGCCUUUACCGGUUCUACCGAGGUUGGUCAUCUCAUUAUGCAAGCAUCUGGCAAGUCCAACCUGAAGAGAGUAUCCCUUGAAUUAGGUGGCAAAAGCCCCUUUAUUAUCUUCGCGGACGCUAACAUCGAUGAUGCAGCUAUGUGGGCCCACGCAGCUGUCAUGAACAAUCACGGCCAGAACUGUUGUGCAGGGUCAAGGACGUAUGUAGAGGCUUCUAUUUAUGACGAGUUUGUUGCUAAAUGUAAACAGAUAGCAACAAUUCGACAGGUUGGGGACCCUUUCGAUGCUCUCACCCAGCAAGGACCGCAGAUCGACGAGGAACAGUUCAAUAAGAUACUAAGUCUGAUCGAAGCAGGUAAAAAAGAAGGGGCGACAUUACAGUGUGGUGGUGAAAGAUCAGGAGAGGAGGGGUACUUCAUACAACCAACGGUCUUCUCUGAUGUCAAGGACGAUAUGAGAAUUGCUAGGGAAGAGAUCUUCGGCCCAGUGCAAUCCAUUAUCAAAUUUACCGACAUUAAUGAUGUAAUAGAUCGAGCUAACGACACGACCUACGGUCUUGCUGCCGGGGUGAUGACGAAAGAUAUCAAUAAAGCUUUGAUGAUGUCACAGAAUCUGGAGGCAGGAAGUGUUUGGGUGAACUGCUAUGACGUUGUCAAGGCCCAAACACCGUUUGGAGGCUUUAAACAGAGUGGACAUGGCAGAGAAUUGGGAGAAUACGCAUUGCAGGAAUAUACGGAGAUCAAAACGGUCACUAUAAAUUUUCCAGAGAAAAACCUGUAAGUACGGACUAGAACGAAUCUUCUACUUACUACGCACUGUGUCCGUAAAAGAGAACUUUGCCAGGAAAAGUUAUACGCACGUGCAUGCUGCUCCCAUUGAACGUGUUUUCAUAUAAUAUGAUUCAUUAAAUGAAUAGGAGUUUCCCUGUACUCGGGGCGCUUUGGAUGUUUCGAUUUCUAUCACACUGAAUCAAAACAUUUAUAGGUUUUUCAUUUGGUAUUUUGAUUAGGCUUCAAAGAUUCUUCUUUAUAAAUAUGAUAUUCAAGGAUAAUUAUUAAACAGAAAUGUAUUUGGAGAUGGCUCAGAAUGUGCGAAGGAACCUAUUACAAAUAGCAGAAAGAUACUUAAUGAAUUAGAAUAAAAUAUAAUGGUCAUGUUACUAAUAACUUUAUUAGCAUUUGAAAUUAUUUUUACAACGGAAAAUCAACCAAAUUUUAUAAAGACUUCAGAAAUCCAGAUUUGCUUACUGUAGUUUAUGCCCCGGUGUCGAAGAUCAGCGGGGCAUAUAGUGUUUAAACUGUCCGUCCGUCAGUCACACUUUCUUGUGUUCUGAAAUCCGCCUACAGCAGGGGGUAGGACGUAAAUGGUGUCUUUCGGGGUUUUUUUUAUUUUACAGAAAUCAUUGGAAAAGUGGCCUUGAACAGGACUUGAACUAUUUAUCUCCGUAUAAAGCGUUCAAUAUCUUUCACGGCGCCAGGUACAGACUGUGGGUAAAUAGUCGGGAGGAGAUAAAAAGCGUGGUCACAGAAUGCAAAUGCACUGUUUCCAAAGUGAGAGAAAAACUCACAUACUUGGCAAAAUACCCGCCCUAGGGUGAUGAUUUGUAAACCAAAUCCGCCAUAUUUAAACCACCGAAAGACACCAUUUACGGCCUACCCCCUGUUACAGUUUCCAUCAAAUUGAAAUGAAACUUGAUAUACAAUAUCAUCAUGUAGUGGACAUGCGCAUAUUGUCAGGACUUGCAUGUCGUAUUAUUUUGGAGUUGUGGCCCUUUUUGAAUUUUGAAAUAUAAGAUUGUGUAAAUAACUCUUCCUAUAGUUUCCAUGUAAUUAAGAUGAAAGUUAAGAUACUUCAGCAUCAUUAAGUGGGUAUGCGCAUAUCAUCGGUACUUCCAUUUGUCCAGUUGUUUUAUCUGGAGUAACGCCUAUUUUUGGACAUUGAAAUAAUACAACUACAUCAGGACAUAAUGUACAGAGACAGUAUGAGACAGUAAUCUACGUAAUUUCACAAUUAUAAAUUUCGAUCAUUCACUCCUGGAGAAUUUUAGAACAAUAUAUUACUAAAAAGUGUGUUUAUAUGUACUCAUCUGCAGUCUUGCCUAUCUAUUUUAGUGGUUGAUACAUUUAUUUGAUAUAUAAACUGGGACAAUUUAAUAUACAAUGUAUAGACACGUUUUGUCAGUUUUGUUUUAAUACAUUUAUACAGAUUACAUGUAUGCAAAAUAAAAUUUAAAGGAUA